AUGUUUAAAAAAGAUUAAGAUAGCAGCAGAGUAUAGUAUGUAAGAUAGGCAUCGGCAGAUGUAGCAUCGAAUAGAGGCAGAAAGAAAAAAGCAACUCCAGAUAUUUCAACACUGAGCUAAAGUUUCGUACAAAAAACUAAAAAGUAACCAGUUGUGCAAUCAGUUACCUUUUAAAUACCUGAAAAAAUUUAAGGAGAUGAUGAUGCUUCGAUUCAAUACCUCACUGAGUAAUUAACGCUUGUCAAUCGCGAAUUAGAAAAGUUACUUUCCAAGAAACAAUAAAUUUAGGAUUUAUUGAUUGAUUUAGAUAAGAAAAAGAGAAAAAGGUAAUAUUAAGAUAUGCGAGAUGAAAACGAUGAGUACGAUGAAACUAACAAAUAUUCAUUUAAUUAAUCUCGAAUUAGAAGUUCAAGUUAGUAUGGUUCAGAUAAAAAAAGUAAUAUCACUUCAAGUUUGUAUCAGUUAGCAAUCUAAUAAAAUUGGAAUAUAGAUAUGACAAGAUUUAGAGAUGAUCCCUACCAUAAUGAUGAAGAUUCAUAUCAUAGUAACUACAGUUAAAGAAGUAAUAAAAAAACAGAUGACGUAUCUAAUAUUCUAAAUGAGUUAUAAACAAGUAAAUCAAUGAUAAAAUCCAAAAUUAUGGAUAAAAGUGCUUUCAACAACAGUAGCAUAAAUAACAAUAACACCAGCGUUCUGUCGCAUACUCUGAAUGCUCAAGUUGCUAACGAUACAAGUAAUUUAUACUAAAGUUUCAUGUAUCGCGAAAGCAGUUAAUAAAAUCUUGGGUCUAAAGAAAAAUUGUAAGAGUAUAAUAGGUUGAAAGAUAGGUGCUUAUGGGAGCACUUUAACUAUAAAGAAAAUAUUCAAGAUAAACUGUCCAAAAUAGAUAACCUAGAUGAAAAUGAACUUAAAGAGUUAGCAAAAAAUUUUGGAGUUAAAUCAAAAGAUUCAAAACUACUCAAAGAAAAUUUAAAAAAUAUUUAUUUCUUCUUAGCAAGAAAUAAAUUCCCAGAGGACUAUUUAAGAGAAUUCAAGACAUGCAUUCAUGAAAAAAUAGAUGUUUUGUGA